GUCAUCAAAAUCAAAUCUACUCCAUUCCAGCCGUUCAUCCACUCUUCUAUCCACCAUCCGAUCUACCCUCACUCUCAUUUCCAAUUUUCUGGCCAAACACCAUUCCUUCAUUUCUCUCCCCAUUCCCAAAAUCUUGCUGGAGUACUUACCUCUACAAAACCCUAAACUUCAUUAUCUCUGCAAGACUUAAACGACAUGCCGUUUAUAUCGGAGACUGCGAGUGCAAUAAAGAGUAGAUUCGGUUUCCACAGCCGUUCUGCCUCCUCGGAAAAUGUGCCAUCGGUGCGGACAUCUCCUGAUCUUUCUCUCAAGUCGGCGGUGAGAGAGAAUCCUUAUGGCCAGUCGCAGGCUGCCACGACGACGGUUCCUAGUAUGGCUAACUUGGAUGACAAUACCGCCACCAAUACUGCUUCAUCUCAGAUCUUUGAGGUUAAUGAAGAUCCUUCGUUCUGGAAAGACCACAACGUUCAGGUAAUUAUAAGGAUUCGUCCUCUCAAUAGCUCUGAAUUAUCAGUGCAAGGGCACAGCAAGUGUAUUAGGCAAGAGAGUUAUCAGACAAUCACUUGGACAGGGCAUCCGGAGUCUCGUUUCACUUUUGACCUUGUUGCUGAUGAGAAUGUCAGCCAGGAGAAGUUGUUCAAAGUGGCUGGCUUGCCCAUGGUGGAGAAUUGCGUGGCAGGUUACAACAGUUGCAUGUUUGCUUACGGCCAAACUGGUAGUGGGAAGACUCACACCAUGCUUGGGGAUAUUGAGGGAGGCACCCAAAGACAUAGUGUCAAUUGUGGGAUGACACCUAGAGUUUUCGAACACUUAUUCUCAAGAAUACAGAAGGAAGUAAUUGCCCGCAAAGAUGAGAGAUUAAGGUUUAUUUGUAAAUGCUCUUUUUUGGAAAUAUAUAAUGAACAGAUUCUUGAUCUUUUGGACCCAUCUUCCAGUAAUCUACAGAUACGAGAAGACAUUAAGAAAGGAGUUCAUGUUGAGAAUUUGAAGGAGAUAGAAGUUACAACUGCUAGGGAGGUGAUUCAGCAACUAAUUCAAGGUGCCGCAAAUAGAAAAGUUGCUGCCACAAAUAUGAACCGUGCCAGUAGUCGUUCUCAUAGUGUUUUUACAUGUGUAAUUGAAAGUAAGUGGGAAUCGCAAGGUGUGACUCACCAUCGGUUUGCUCGGCUUAAUCUUGUUGAUUUAGCAGGCUCUGAAAGGCAAAAAAGUUCUGGUGCCGAAGGAGAACGUCUUAAGGAAGCAACCAAUAUCAACAAGUCUCUUUCGACAUUGGGACUGGUGAUUAUGAACCUUGUAAAUGUCUCCAAUGGGAAGUCCCUCCAUGUUCCUUACCGUGAUUCAAAGCUUACAUUUUUGCUUCAGGAUUCACUUGGAGGGAAUUCAAAAACAACGAUAAUUGCAAAUAUCAGUCCAUCCAGUUGUUGUUCACUGGAGACACUUAGCACUUUGAAGUUCGCACAACGUGCCAAGUUUAUUAAGAAUAAUGCAAUUGUAAAUGAGGAUGCUUCAGGUGAUGUUAUUUCUAUGAGAUUGCAGAUUCAACAGCUUAAGAAAGAAGUAUCUCGUUUACGGGGCCUAGUAAAUGGAGGAGCUGAAAGUCUGGUUGAUGAUACUUUGACCAUAAGCUUUCCAGGCUCCCCGGUAUCCUUUAACUGGGAAGGGCUUCAUGGAUCCUUUAGUCCACUUACAUCCGAUAAAAGGCUGUCUCAGAAGAAAGACUAUGAGCUUGCACUUGUAGGGGCUUUCAAGAGGGAAAAAGAGAAAGACAAAGCUUUACAGGCUUUGGCUGCAGAAAAUGAGGCAGCCAUGAGAUUGGCCAAACAAAGAGCAGAUGAGAUACAGGGCCUGAAAAUGAGGUUACGGUUCCGGGAAGCAGGAAUCAAGAGAUUAGAAGCUGUUACUUCAGGAAAGAUAUCUGCUGAGACACACUUAUUGAAAGAAAAAGAGGAAUACUUGAAGGAAAUUGAGGUUCUUAAAACUCAGGUUGACCGUAACCAAGAAGUAACGAGAUUUGCUAUGGAGAACCUCCAGCUUAAAGAGGAAAUUAGAAGAUUGAAGUCUUUUUACGAGGAAGGUGAAAAGGAGAUGAUGACUCAACAGAUCUCAGAUUUACAGAAUAAGCUGCUAGAAGCACUAGAUUGGAAACUUAUGCAUGAAUCAGAUUCUUCUAUAGUUAAGAAAGGAAAUUCAGAUGUGGUGACAGAAGUUUUUGUUGAGGAUGAUUUAUUGAUUUCUGGCCAGGAACCAGUAAUACCAUGUCGUUCUUCAAUAAAUGAGGAAAAUAAAUUCUUGCGUGUGCAGGCUAUUCAAAAUCAAACGGAAAUGGAAACACUCCAAAAACAGUUAGAGUUCUGUCUGAAGGAGAACAAGAAAUUGGAAAGCAAUGUGAGAGAAUUGGUUCAAAAACUUGAAGAGAAAUCUUCUAGAGCAAUAAAUGAAGAAACACAGCAAAUUGGGCUUUCCACUCUGCCAACUAAUCUGUCCACCAUUGAUAUUAAUGACCAAAUGGAGCUGAAAACCAUGGUUGAUGCCAUUGCUACUGCAAGUCAAAGGGAAGCGGAAGCUCAUCAGACAGCAAUUGUGUUGUCAAAACAGAAUAGUGAGCUACAAUCAAAGCUUGAGAUCCUGAAUGAAGAGAAAAAUGAAGUCAAUAAAUUAAAUGAUGAUCUAAGAUUGAAGCUUAAGGUCUUAAUUGAGGAAAAGAGCAAACUCAUUGAAUUGUAUGAACGUGCAGCUGCUGAAAGUAACUCUAUAACUCAAAAUACAGUUGAGAUUGCUCAAUGCGGCACUGAAGAACAAAAUAGUGAUUACGUAGAUGAACUUGCUCAAGAAAAAGGGGCUGAGAUGAAGAAAGUGAUUGAGAAUCUAGAGCAUCAACUUUUGGAAAUGCAUGAAGAAAACGAUAAAUUAUUGGGUAUGUAUGAAAAGGCUAUGCAAGAGAGAGAUGAACUCAGAAGAACAAUUGCUCUUAAUGAACAAAACACUGCUGGAGGUACAGGAGAGUUUGGUUGCUCAGAAAACCCUGUUGAAGUCAGAGGGGAGCAUAUUGCAUCAGAUGGACUUGGUCUCCCUGUUUCGAAGGGCCAGGAUUGUGGAGAAAAUCCAACAACGUCUGGACAAGUGAUUUCAAAACUGGAUAUGAUUGAUGUGGAAGUUACCUUCACUGACAUGGAAAUAGAGCCAUCGUUCCCUCCUAAGGAGGUCUCAGAAGAUAUAAAUUUGGUCAGAGAGAAUCUGGGAAAAGCACAAGAAAAGCUUUUGGAUUCUUCCAAUACAGUUACUCUAUUUGGUUCCGUUGAGAAGGCAUUUGCUGAGGUUGAUGAACUUUCAAGAGAAAUUAAAGCAACAGAAGAGAGUAUCCAGGUCAAGCAACAACAUCUUGGUUCUCUGAAAUUUGUUUUCAAUGAAAUGCAAGAAAGAAAAACUCUUCUGGAUAAAAAGUUGUCGGCACUGAAGUACUCUCUAUCAAAGUUUGCUUCAUCAGUUGAAUACUUUAAACAGAGAGAAGCCCGAUCAAAGGCAAGGGUAACUGCUUCAUUGAGUUACCUGAAUCAGAAAAAAGAGGAAGGAGGGCAUCUUCAAACCCGCAAGAGUGAAAUUGAUGCGGCUCUUAGGAAGGUUCAACAAUCAGAAGUUGAACUGAGGAACAAUAUUGCACUAGUGAAAUCCAAACUUGAGGAAGAGAACAGAAGGCAGGAGACUGAAAAGGUUCUAUUUGCCAUUGAUAACAUUGAGAACCAGUCACAGAAACAUUGGCAUUUGGGAGGUAAAGCCACUGAAUUGCUGAAGUCGGAGGAAGAAAAAACCAAGCUGCAAAAUGAGAUGAAGUUGUCUCGAGAAAGACUCGGGUUGGUAAAGAGGGAGUUUGAGGAUUUGACAAAGAAAUCCUGGAAGAUCGAGAGUGACUUGCAAAGUGUCCAAAUGGAAAUACAAAAAAGUUCGAGAUCUGCAGAGGAAAUGGAGCGUGCUCUUCAGGCUGCAACCCAAGAGAUGGAAACUCUGUUGGAGAUUACAGAGAAAGGAAAAUCAGAAAUUGGAAGCAUAAUUCUUGCAUACCAACAACAGGUGUUUGAAGCAGAUUUAAAGGAAGCCGAGAUGAAGAUUUUGGAGGAAGAAUUACAAUCAGAGUUGAAGAGACUAGAAGAGUUGCAAAUGCUGAGGGCUGCAGCUGCCGAGAAAAUUUCUAAAUUAUUCGAUGAAACAAAGUCUGAUUCAUACUUGUUAUCAGAAAAGGUGGAAGAACAGCUGAAAAGUAUAUGGGAAUAUGUCGAGGAGGCGAGGAUUUUGCUGGGGGUAAGACCAGUCAAUUGACAGUUAAGCUUAUUAUUGAAUGGACAAUAAUCCCACAUAAGAAUGGCUUCUUUGAUUCGUCCAUUUCUCAUGCAGUCAGCUAAUCCUUCCGGUAAAUGUUGUCGUUAUUUACUUUUUCUGUUUCAUGCAAUAUACUGACUGCAUUUGCAUUGCAUGUUAUAACUGAACUCCAUUAAGCACGAUGGUUCAAAAUAGCUAUUGUUGAACA